AUGCCUGUGGUAGCGCGUCUUUCUUUGGCCAACCUCGAACAUCACCGUCACAUGAUGAGCGAACGGAUAUUUGCUGAUAUUCUUGCCGCUAAAUUGCGAGGAUGCUACGAGAAGGCGGUUCAUGUGUUUCGAACGAUACAUCGUAUGGAUCACUUUUCUGUGGAUAUGGACCGAUGUCCGCGAUGUGGACGAAUAAAAGAUGGUAUGAAAGUGAAGGUGAACGCCGAUCCCUGUAGGAAGCAACUAGGCUGCGAUCGAUGUCAUCGAGAGGGAUGCGAAAUCGAAGAGAAGGCUGGCCAAGAUUUGCAAGCCUUCUACCAAUGCCCUCAUGCCUUGCUCCCGUUGAACGACGACACUACGAGAUAG